UAUGAAUCCAAGGUACUUUUUAAAAGCAUUUUGUCUUUUCGGCACCCCAGUCUUCUGAUAAGGAACCUGAACCAGUUGACAGACAGGAAACCUCUGCUAGUCCUUCCAAAGAGAUUGCAAACAAGAAGAUGGCAUGAUUUUUGCAAACCUGGAAAGUCUAAAGAUUGCAAUAAUUGUUGGACCAAAGGGACCCUCUUCAGGCAUAAAUAGCAAGACUCCUACUGUCUUCUCUUGCAGACCAACUCAGCUGCCAGCAAAAGCAGGUGCUCUCCCACCACCAGUGCUCCAGAGGAAGUGGAAGGGAAUGGAAAACCUGAUGUUUGUCUACUGCUCCUGUAAAGUUAUCUGGACAGUACUUGUAACUAUACUAGGUUAUGCCAGCAGCUUGCCUGUGGGGGAUGACUCUAUUUGCACAGCAGAGGAACUUGCUAAGUACCGGAUAAUCUUCAUAGGGAAAUGGAGUCAGACUGCUUUCCCUAAGCAGUAUCCACUCUACAGGCCCCCAGCACAGUGGUCAUCCUUGCUAGGUGUUACUCAUAGUCCUGACUACAGCAUGUGGAAAAAAAAUGAAUAUGCCAGCAAUGGUGUACGUGAUUUUGCUGAAAAGGGUGAAGCAUGGGCAUUAAUGAAAGAAAUAGAAGAAGCUGGAGAGAAAAUUCAGAGCGUACAUGGAAUCUUCUCUGCUCCUGCAAUUACCAGUGGUACAGGACAAACCUCUACUGAAUUAGAAGUGCAUCCGAGACAUCCCUUAGUUUCAUUUGUUGUACGAAUUGUUCCAAGCCCUGACUGGUUUGUGGGUAUUGACAGCCUAAAUCUCUGUGAAGGAGACCGCUGGAUGGAUGAAGUGUCAGUAGAUCUAUAUCCAUAUGAUGCUGGAACUGAUAGUGGUUUCACAUUUUCCUCCCCAAACUUUGCCACUAUUCCACAGGAGACAGUUCAAGAGAUCACUUGCUCCUCUCCAAGUCACCCAGCAAACUCAUUUUAUUAUCCAAAACUCAAAAUUUUGCCACCUAUUGCUCAAGUAACAAUGGUGAAAUUAAAGAAAAGCCAGCUGGGUCUUUCUGCACCUUAUAUUAAUCUUCCAGCCAAAAGCAAUGAAAUAAUAGACUCUGUCUCAGAAACACCCCUGGACUGUGAGGUUUCUCAAUGGUCUUCCUGGGGUCUCUGCAGAGGCGUUUGCAGAGAAACAGGGACCAAGAUCAGAACUCGUUUUGUGCUUCUUCAGCCUGCCAAUAAUGGAAUGCCUUGUCCAAACCUGGAUGAAGAGACACCAUGUGAACCAGAAAACUGUGUCUGAAAUAAAGAAAAGAUAAUAACUUAGAUAAUUUAAUAGUAGGAUAAGUUUAAAUCUAAACUACAUGUCAAUCAGUGUUCUUUAGAAUUUGGAUAUGCUGCACUAUUUUGAUGAAAAGGUGUAUAAGAGUGGUUUUGAAAGUUUCUAUUUAAUGUCAAGAUUUUAGGGGGUUAAAUUUCUAAGGUUUAGUAUGACAACAGUACUCGAUCACUUACAGACCAAAAACCCCCAAAUAAAUCCUUCCUACAAUACACUGUAAAUUCUUGGAGUACCCUCUAGUGGCAGAAAAGAAGACAUUUGGAAACAUUGUACUUCACAUGAAUAAAAAUCAAUCACAUCUAAACUAAUAGCCUUCUUAAAUACUGUAAUUUGAUUAUCUACAGAUAUUUAUACCUAGAAAUUAAUUUUUUCAUCUAAAUUAUGUUUUUAUAAUUUAUUGGCAUUUUUCUUGUCUUUCUAAAUAUGCUUAACGCGCAUUUCUUCAGAAACUACUUACAUAAGUCAGAGUGACCAGGUGUUUGCAGCGUGGUUAAGACAAUAGUGGAAGUGAGUAAACUUGUCUUGAGACUUAUGAAUAUAUGAAAAUGUCUUUUUCUUUUUUUUUUUCCUCAAAAGCGAGAAGAAAAACUGCCAUGAGGACACUCAGCCAACAAAAUUACUAGAAAAAUAUAGAAGUGUGGAUACUACUAGAAAACUUCUGAACUGAAUUAAAUGUGUUAGUUGAGAUUCAAAACCUGAUUGUUGGUGUGUGUCACUCAUGAGACAACUAUCUCAAAAUAAAUGCUGUUGACCAUAACAUAAAUUAUAUCAUUACCUUUAUAUAUGCAGUAAAUAUUGUCCAUGUUUCUUUAAAUGUGUUGCUGCUAUUUAUUUGCUCUUUUUCCACUUUUUACAGAGAAAGUUUAGCAAUUUUUAAUAGUAUCUAACAUUCAGGUAUACACAAUGAUAACAAAACACAACAUGUCAGAAAAUGUUCCUGACUGCAAGCUUUAAUGCUCGAAUAACUGUUAUAAAAUUAAUGUAACGUAUGGCUUAUGAAGAGUUGUGGCUACUAACCAGGAAAAGGAUUUUGGAAUAAUACUUACUCAACAGAAAGUCUGCAGUCAGCUCACAAAACUUUUACAGCACACUGCAAUUUUACAAAUAUACAGUGCAGAUAUUGAACAGGAGAGUUGAUUUGAGAAGGUUCUUUUAGGAAUAUGCCAAAUACAGGAAAAUUUCUCAUGUCCUUAAAGGAGCACACUGUAUUCUCCAUAGGGCUGAAACAUUCAAAAGGUUCUCUGUAUUUCUUUCCAGGAGAUAAAUCUUGCAAAGACCCGAAUAAAUUUGAAACUUUAUCAGACUAGAAUUAGUUGUUCCUCCAAAUGCUGUUAAACACAGUUUUUAGAGCUCAUUGUAGGAAUCUCUACAUCUCUUAUUCUUCAGACUCCCACUCUUGCCCAUUGUUCAAAACUGUUUCACUUACUCUUUUUAUCAUGUCUGGUUGGUUUUUUUCCAGGUUCCCCUGUUUCCACUCUAUAAUGGGAAUAGUGUAACUACACUAUUUUGUGUUUAGUUAACUAUCAAUAUUUUUCUUUCUUCUUUUUAUAGUAAUGUUAAUCAUUCUGUGUUUUCCGUUACACUUAUCUACUAUAUUUUUACAGAUUUACCAUCAUCUCAGAAAACCUAUGCAUACAUCGAAGUAUAUAUUUAAAUACUCUCUGAAGACAGGAACUAAUUUCAAAUUUAUUGAUUGCUGAGUGACAAAUUAGGCUUAAUAAAGGCUUUGGGCAGA